UACAAACAAUCUCUUAUAGGUGGAACUAGACCUCAAAGAAGGUUUAGAAGAGGCUAUUAAUUACCACGGGAAUGCACAAGAAAGCUUCGAAAACCUUCUGCGGUGGGUUUUGAGGAACCAGCAUUCAUUGGUCUCUGAAAAGUCUUCUCAGAGGUUAUCAGUUGACAUCUUGUGCCUGCGAGGAACACUGAAAAAAAUUUGCAAAAGUCCUUACAGACCAAAGAUUUCCUGGGCUAUAUAUGUUGCAGAGUUUAAGGGAUCGCUCUACAUCACCCCAGUAGUCUCGGCCGAUCCUCAGCCAUGGGAUAAAACAAGUCUUUGGGCCAAUAAAUUCGAGCAAUACUUGAAGGGAGACCCAGACGAUAUUUUGGAUCCGAACGAAGAGUAUCGAUCUGUGUUGCAACUGAGCCUCGGAGGUUUCUCGCUGCUCUACUCUCCUGAAAUCGACUGCGCCGACGCAGAUGCCUACCAGGAGGACCAUGAGGACAUGAGUGCCUUCGUGCUUAUCAAGUGUCUUAAAGAUUCGACAAGAAACUCUUAUCGUUAUAAAAACCUGCGGCAGCAAGCACCGGCCAGUAAGGAGCCGCCGCAUAAAAGGACAGCCUCGUCCACGGGGACAUGGCGUCUCUUGGGGGUCUCAUUAACAAUAAACCAGUUCAGACUGAGUGACUGGUGGUUGGACAACAAGCUAACGGGAAUCCCGCGCAUCAUCGUUGGAAACUGCUCAGAAGAUGGCGUUGUACAUCGCAUUGUGCUCCUUAAGACCGAGGAUUUACCUGCACUGGCGGAGGAUGACUGGGAUCCCGACGUCUUAAUCAACUUCUUGGUGAGUUUUAUCAGCUUCAUGAGGCAGAAAGUGGCAGAGGACACCACGGCUGUGUACAUGUUUGAACGCAAGCAAUGGGGAAAUAUCCACUGCUCAAAGCUUCCAGAACCAGCCAGUACAUUUUUGCCCCCUUGGUAUACAGAAAAGCUGUUUACCUAGACGAAUCUGACGAAGGAAACACCGAAGAUGCAAGUUAAACACUGAUAAUGUUGAAGUUUUCAGUGUGACUUGCCUGUUAUGGUGUAUAUGUGUGGGAAAUGUGUACUUGUUUCUGUUUUUGUGAUUUCAUUAUUAUAGUUUUAGCUCCAGUUUUGAUGAUUUUGAUGUUAAAGAUAUGAAUACACAUUUCAGAGAACUGCUACUGUACUUUAAAUAAUGAUGUAAUUCCUUGUGAAUUCGAUCUUUAAAUAUCAAUUUCGUGUGCCUUUUAAACUGUGAUAAGAUAUAAUGCAUAAUCAGUGUGACAUUGCAAUUAAUGUGUGAUAAGAUGAACAUAAUAUUUAGUCAGAUGUGUGACAUUGUAAUCAAUGUGUUUAUAUUACCUGAAUAAUUUUGUUGCUAUUAUUAUAACACUAGCAUUAAUGUAACCAUUAAUUUCAAACUGAAAUUAGUGGUGUUCUACCUUAAUAAAACUUAUGAAAAUA